AUGACUCGACACGUCUUUACCGAACAAGAAGUGCGGCUCGCAGCAGAACGACGAAUGAAAUACAUUGGUGCAGCUAAAAUCAGCAUCUGCCAGAUUCAAUUCGAACCUCCCUUACCACGGGACCUGGACCCUAAGAAUUUGGACCGGCUACGAAACAUCUUCCGAAAGAAUCGUUGUCGCCGCCUAGAUGUCCAAAACCAUGUUCCAGCAACCGUGUCUCGACAUAAUCUCGCAGAAGCAUUGCAGAAGGCGAAUGUUCCCCAGGAAGCCUUGCUGACAACCGAAGGCCGGCAAAUUCUUCGACUGGAAUUUAGAGCGGGGCAACUUCGGGGUCUCCAUGGCCGUCAUCGUGUACAAGCGGGUGUUGAGGUACUUCCUCCGGCGGAUCGCUGGUGGACGGUUGAUCUCUACACAGACGACAUCGACCGAGAAUUGAGAGCGGCGUUGGUGGAUGAAUAUUCCAAUCAGAAGAAACCGACUGAUGGGGAAGUCUAUCGCAAGAUCAGACAGUAUGAGGGCGAGGGCAAUGAAGCUUUUCGAGAGCGUUGGUUCGUGAGACUAUCGCCCAGCAAUCAAGAGCGCUUGGAUCAACUUGACAAUAAAAAGAACCGUCGCCUCCGGCAUGCAUUUGACCGAUUGUUGGCGAUUCCCGGGCUUUGGCCGGGUGGGAUGAGAAUCAGCCUCCUUCAUCGAUUGAUCGCUUCGGGCUGCAUUGAGGAGAUAGGAACCUAUUUCGAUCACAUCUUGGACUUCUGGUCUUCUCUGGUGGGAUCGGAUCGGCGUCUGAUGAAGAAAAUCGAUCAAGACACGGUUCACACCCUGCAGUUACUGGCACCAGGUAAAUCACACGCUGAUGAAAGGGAGGCAUGCGGGCUGGUUCUCAGUGGACUUGUGUUUGCCGAAUUCAGUGCUGAUGAGCGAAAUGCUAUAUGCGCCAAAAUGAAAGAUUUUGAUGGUCUCAUCCCGUCCUUAUACACUUUCUUUGAGGAUUUCAAGUAUCUAGAGAGUUGCGCUCAAUGCCUGAAGCGGCUUUUGGGUCCAUCACCCCGAUCUGUGAGGGAAGGCAUGAGCUCGAUCUUUGAUCCAGACUCGGAGCCUGAGAAAGAUCACCGAGAGAAAGGGAAGUGUAUCAUUCAGACCUCAAAGUCUACCUUCCGACGCCUUCAUGCGCCCGAGACGGAAUGCCUCGAGACAGGAUACCAACAGUUAUGGCUGUAUGCUAUGCGGCAUUAUCCACUGAUGCCCCCGGACCCCAAGAACUCUGAUGAUCUGUUGGCCAACCCCACUCGCGCUAAGCCGGACCCGCGCGCGAUCUACGACAUGGCCCAUCUAGCUCACCGGCUCGGCUUUAGGUCCCCAGAAAUUGAUGGGCUGCUGAACAGUUCUCCGGAUCACCAAAUUGCACGAUCGGCCCUUCUCCAGGCCCGGAAGCCAGGCCGGUAUAGAUACGAUGACCAGCACUUUGAUAUUCUGGUGCGCCGGAUUGUAGAGUGUUUUACUGAAGCUGUGCCCGAUCGGCCCGGUCCCCCGCGAGAUCUUUUGGCAGACAGCACCGUCAAGACGCACGCUCGCUCUGGGGUUCCGCAAACCCGCACCCAUGUUCAAGAUGCCCCUUUGUUAUUCUUAGAUCGACUGCAUGCUGAUGUCGAUGCCGCCGAUACAAUCACUAGCUUUUUUGUUCGGCGUUGUGUCUUUUUCGCCUUUUUGGGGAAGUCAUCAAGGGUGGGGCCAAGCUCCACCACAGAGAAUGGUGGUAUGAAUGCAGACACAGAGGCGGAGGGGAUGCUACAGUCGCCAUUGUUUAUCGAAUGCCACGACCCAAUGGAUGGAUCUGCACACCACAUGGAUACAUCAGGCAGGUCAUCCCUUCUUCGAAAAAGCAAUUUCCCUACACACCAACUGGUUUCCUGUGAGACGGAAGGCUCAGAAGUUGCACCUGAGCCGAUGGACUUAGAUCGGAUAAGUCCUUCAGGUGGAGAUCACACCACUCUCAGACGGACACAUGACGAAUCGGUGCUGGGAACGGAUCUUUCUCGCUGCUCACCCAGAGCUGAGCUAGCCCUUGAAGAUGCUGGAAGCGAAUGUACUCAGAUCUCGUUGGAGACAGUCUCGCUUCAAUGGGGUCAGGACGAAAGAGCGACAGAAGAGGAGCUCAACCCACACACUGCGUCUGUGCCCGAAAGCGCUGCUCAGUCAUUCACCAAUCCUACGUCACAGCGACGGUCUUCAUCAGAGACGGUAAUCCUGUCAGAAGAAAGCCGUCCCCCCUAUCCUGAAGACCUAAUUGUGCCAGAUAAUACCCACAACUCUCUGGCAACCUCGGGUGAUCGCCUGGCGGAGGGAAUACACAGAGACACCGAACACAUUACAGCACAAGAUACUGAUCCCAAAGGCCAGGCAUCUACACAAGAGCUGAUUGAGAUCAAGUUCUGGUCGCUCGAACGAAGUCAGUGGAAUCAAUCAGACUGUCUCCUCGUAGACCCGUCCGACCCCUCACCCAUGGAGCGGCUCGCACGAAAGUAUUCCUGCAAAGGAUUUACACUCUACGAUGUGAGCCUCAAAAGCCUUCGUCCAGCCCAUUGUUACCACGCAGCAACAGCGGAUGAUACCAAUGCGAUAUUCUUGAUUUCCGCACAUGAAGAGAAAGCCAUUGUGGCCGCGGAAGGAUUAAGGAUGGAGGAAAAGCUGAUUUCAAUGGCUGCUCGCGUUGUGGGACGUGCACGAUAUUGA